UCCCCGCCGCCGGCGCCCGCCAACAUGGCCGCAGCCCCGCCGCCGGACCCCCGGCUGCUCCUUGCCCUGCUGCUGCUCCUGCCCCCGCCGCCCUCCCUCCUAUCCGCCGCCGCCGGGCCCGACUUGAGCCGCCGCUUCGCCGAGCGCAAGCGCUGCGCCGACCCCGACUGCAGCAUGUUGAUGUGCCGGGGGAAGGCGAUGCGGGACUUUAAGGGUCCUGAUUGUCGCUUUGUGAAUUUCAAGAAGGGAGAAGCGGUGUACGUAUAUCACAAACUAAUAGGAAAAUCAACCGAGCUCUGGGCUGGAAGUGUUGGAAGUGAUUUUGGAUAUUUUCCAAAGGAUUUACUAGAAAUAAAUCAUAAUUAUUCCAAUGAGGAGCUAGAAUUACCAACAGAUGACACAGACUUUGUUUGCUUUGAUGGUGGAAGGGAUGAUUUUGAUAACUAUAACGUGGAUGACCUUUUGAAGCCAUUGCAAGAGACAAUAGCAAAUGAAGGGGAAACUGAGUCAAGUGAUUCAGGGACGAAACCAGCUGAAGCAACUGAAAGGAGUAAGGAGAUUGAACAGGCUGAUGCAGUGGAGAUGGACAAUCUUGAGCUAAGCACAGAGGACAAGGAAGUCCUCACCGUGACAGAGGAAGCUGACAGUUCUCUUGAAAAAGGAACUGAAAAUACUGGGGGAGACCCCACUGUCAGUAGUCACGAAGAAAACUCUCAGGGAGAUGAAAUUGCACAUGAGCACUUGAAAGGAACGCUACAUGGGAAACUAAAAGGGCUAGAAAGUGAAAAUACCAAAAACACUAGUGUUCCUCAGGGUGAAACCAGUCAACUUGACCACGAGAAUGAAGAAGUGGAUGCCUAUACACUUUUAAAUAGAGAACUCUCUGUGAACUUGAAAACAAAGUUUGGCUCAACUGCUGAUGCCGUUGUAUCAGAUGACGAAGUGACUCGCCUUGUUACGUCACUGGAAGAUGAUCUGAAUGAAGGUUUGAGCAUUGAUGCUCAUGAUGCAGAGGAAGAGACAGACUUUGCAGAUCAGUCUGCAGAAAUUCCUUUGCUGUCUUUUACAGCAGAGGAAGAUGUUACAUCCCCAGUGGGUUUAGAAGAUGAUGAGAACGAUGACACUGAGUCACAAAGUUAUGAACCUGAUAAAUAUGCAAAGGGUGCUACAGAGCUAAAGAACCAAAGAGACAAUGAGGAAGAACGUGAUUCAGAUGCAUUAAUUCCUAAGGAUGCCUUCAGUAAGAGCAAGAAGUCCACUGAUGGUUUAAAUGUGGACAGGUCAGAAUCUAAACAAACAAAAGAGAAUAGGGAUGAUGUGAAACUAAUUAGUAAAAGAGAAGAAUUAGCAACAACUCAACCUGAAGAACUCCUUAGAAAGGAACUUGUAGGUACAGGAGAUCUGGGUUCAAAAGAAAAAACAAACAGAACUGAACAGUUUGAAGGGCAGCUCAGAACUGAAUCACUUACUGAAGAGCAGAAGAGUACAGCUGUGCCUGAUCCUCACACUUUGCCUCCUCCAGGAGAUGAUCUGGAGUCCAAAUCAUUUAUUCAAAGCAGGCAAGAUGCUUUAAGACAAUCUGUUGGUGAUAUCAACAGAACUCCAGAAAAAGUGCCACCUUCUCAAAUAGAAAAAUAUGAGAAAAAGUUGGAGGAUGACAUCUUGGAAGAGGUCUUGGAAAGUGAUUUAAAACACAAAAAACCAUGGGAGAAAACAAAGGAGAAAAGAAGAGCUGUGAACAAUCCUUCUGUUGAUGUUCCAGCUAAACCAGUGGAAGAGGUAAAAAAUGCAUCUCAGAGUGACUUAGGAGAUAAUGACCUCUUGAAAGAGAAACUGGAGCGUGGAAUUCCUGCUGUGGAGAAAGAAAUGCUAAGACAUGAAGAAGAUUUGAAACAAACAGGGGAGAUCAAUCAUGAAAAUCAAAACCCUACCUCUCUUAGCAAGGAACCUGAAAUGGAAAUGAAAAACAUGAAAAAAACCCCCACAGGGGAGGCACACUUGAGCCAUAGAGGAGCUAUUGAGCAACCUGGGCCAUGGGAAAAUGCGACUGAGUAUUCAGAGGCAGAUGUGAAUGAAGAGCUUUCAAGAAAUCUUGGCAAGGUGACAGCAUUUGAUGAAAACACUGAAAAAAGUUCCUCAGAAGAAAAAUCGAAAAGCACUAAGCAGAAUACUGGUACAGAGAAUCUUACUCUGCAAGGAACUGAGGAUGCAGAUCCAGACAGAAAUCUUGGCACAAGUUUACUGAAAGAAAGAACAUUAAGAGCAGAAUUGUCAUCUGAAGAGCCAGAAGAUGACCCUGGCUUGAAACAAGCAGAGGAAGAGCUGCUGGAAGAUGAGAACGCUGCAAGUGCAAAGCUGUCACAAGCAAGGGCUGCAAAUGUACUGGGUGACACCCUAAAUGUUAAAAGGUCAAACCCUGAAUUAGAAGCACUAAGUGAAGCUGUUCCCAGAGCUGCAAAUCCUACUUAUGAAACAGGAGAAGAAACAAACUCAUUUUCCAAGGAGGCUAAAAAAAUCAUCCACAUGCAAGAUGCAAAUGAGACUGGGAACAAAGAAGUUGAGGUACCAGUGAGAAAAGAUGCUGAAGAGGAUGAGAUAGAACAUGUCAUGGAAAAUGAAGAUGAUGAUGAUGAUGAGUCUUCUGAAGCUGAGGAACCACCAGCUGUGGAAGAAUAUAUCCACUCUCCUGACACACAAUCUCCUGACACAAAACCCAAUGAUCUUAACCAAAGGGAGGAUCAUCUUCCAGAGGGGGUUUCACAGAAAGACUCAAAAGAGGUGCAAAUCUUAGAGCAUACAAGAAAUGACCACGGGCAAUCUGCCCAUUCCCCCAGUCCUGCAGACAGCUCAGCAGCCACCAAUGACACUGUAACAGACUUCAGCGAGUCUGUGAAGCGGCUUGCAAUCAUGAGAGAGUUUCUGGAUGAAAAACGUGUGACACGCUUGCAGAAAUACCUUGGGCUUCAGCAUACACAAAGGAUAGAAGCCAUGAUCCAUGACAUGAAGGUAGAGAUGGAGCUUGCUCGGAAGGCAAGCCAUAAUAACGAAGAGAUAGAGAAAGCUUUGGACCAGAUACUUGAGUUUUCAGAAUCCAGCAUUAUGGAUGUUGUAGGAAAAGUUCUGGAUUCCAGAGUGGCAGAAAAUAAAGAGGAGGUGGUGAAAGAAAUGGAUUUGUAUGAUGAGGAGAGUGCCCUGAUGGAUGACAUUCAAGAAUUAAUAUAUACUUUAAGGAGUAAAUACUCAUCUGCAAGUGAGAGUGUCCCACUUGCAUCUAUUCCAGAACAGGAAGACGAUGAGCUGCAUGUUCAAGAUGGUGCAAAAGAAGCUGAAUAUAAUAGAGUAUCUGUCACAAAUUCAAAUGCCAUUGGUGAGAGCAAUGAGGAAUUUCAGCAGCUUGAAGAUAAAAGGCCAGAACAGCCUAUUCAGGAGGAGGAAGAGGAAGAAGAGGCUGAUGACAUUUCACCUGAACAUGAAGAGGUCAACUUACCAGACAUUAGAGAAGCUGAAGAACAGUAUGACAGCGGAAAAGAAUCAUUGCUGGGAAAUACUGCCUCUGGGUCAGUGAAUUCAGGACAGAGCGCCAGCGAAGAUACUGCUGCAGACUCCGCCGAAGGCGCCAGGCGGCGCGCAGGACGCGGGCCCGAGGCAGGCACCGCCGCUUCUCCACAGGGCAGGCUCGGCGAGGCGCUGCCCGCAGCGCGCCAGCUCCUGCGGCAGUUGGUUGCUACCCUGCCUGAGGAAAUUCGCCCUGGGCCUGAUUUCCAUGGACUUCCAUGGGAGCCUGUUAUCAUCACUGCCUUAGUGGGAAUUGCCACACUUGCUAUAAUUUUCUGGAGAACCUGCCUUUCAGUAAAAAGUAGAAUAUAUCAAGUGACUGAGAAGCAACUUGCUGAAAAGAUUAAAAACCUUCUGCAGGAAAAAACAGAAAUCUUAGAGAAGAUCUCAGAAUAUGAUCAAAAGAUAAAGGAAGCAAAGGAAUCUGUGAAAGUGGCCCAAGAACAAAAAGACAUUCUCUCUGAUGAAACUGCAGGGCUUAAGGACACUGUCAAAGAACUGGAAGAAGCAAAUCAUCACCUAGAUGACAAAGUAAAAAAUCUGCACAAAAUGCUUGAAACAGAGAGAAAAAAGAAUGAGAAGAAACAGAACAAAAUCUCUGAAACCCAGAAGUCCUUGGAGAAACUUCAAGAGGCUGUCAGUGUACAUUCUGCAGAGCUUUCAGAGGUGCAGGUAGCCCUUAAUGAAGCUAAACUAAGUGAAGAAAAGGUGAAGGCUGAGCUUCAUCGUGUGCAGGAAGAGAAUGCUCAGCUGAAAAAGAGCAAGGAGCAACUGCUGAAAGAAGCUGAAGGUUGGAGUGAGAGGCAUACUGAGCUCAGUGAGCAGAUCAAACUGUAUCAGAAAACUCAGAAAGACAUAGAAGAAGCACUUGCCUACAAGGAAAAUGAAAUUGAAGUUUUAACUAACUGCAUUAUGCAACUGAAACAGCUUGACAUGGAUUCAGCAGCUGAGGCCAGGAAGGAGGAGGAAGGGCGUGAGUGGAGCCCAGGAGAAGAUCUGGCCAAUGGAGAGUUGCCAGACAAUGAGAGUGAGAAGAUGAAGACUCAGAUUAAGCAGAUGAUGGAUGUCUCCAGGGUAAAAACCAUGUUAUCCUUAGUGGAGGAAGACAGAAACGUCCUGCAAUCCAAACUGAGUGAUGAAGUAGCAGCAAGACAUGAACUGGAAGAGCAAAUCAAAAAAUUAGAGCACGACUCUGGUUCGCUUCAGUCGGCCAAAGCUCGGCUGGAAAAUGAAUGCAAAACUCUACAGCAGAAAGUGGAGAUUCUUGGUGAACUUUACCAACAGAAGGAGAUGGCACUGCAGAAAAAACUAACCCAGGAGGAAUAUGAGCGCCAGGAGAAGGAGCAGAAGUUGUCUGCAGCAGAUGAAAAAGCUGUGCUGGCCAUCGAGGAAGUCAAAGUUUACAAGCAAAGGAUCCAAGAAAUGGAAGAAGAAUUGCAAAAAACAGAGAGAUCUUACAAAAACCAGAUUGCUGCUCAUGAGAAAAAGGCACAUGACAAUUGGCUCAUUGCCCGCUCUGCUGAGAGAGCUCUGGCUGAAGAAAAACGAGAAGCAGCCAACUUGAGACAGAAAUUAAUAGAAGUAAACCAAAAAAUUGCUAUGCUUCAAAGACCAUUAAUUGUAAAGCCAACUCCAGGCAGACCCAAUCGCCAAGUCCCACCCCGACGAGGGCCCUUGAGCAGGGAUGGCUCUUUUGGCCCCUCACCUGUGAGCGGAGGAAAUCCAUCACCCACGCAGAUGAUAGAAGCUCCUGCUCGGCCCCUUUCUGCUCCUCGAAGGGAAGGCUCAAGAGGUGAAUUUGGUUCAGUGGUAGAUGGUCCCCCUGCUCCACGAAGGCCACCAGAGUUACCUGGAAGGAUGUCUGUCCCUGACCUGGGGCCUGCUGUAGCAUCCCUGAUUGUGCCAAGAACCUCCUCCCCUUCCACAGCAGUGGAUGGAGCGCCCUCCCCCCAAGAGUCUGAAGCCUCUUGUGUAGCCACUGCUGCUUCACCUUCUGUUGAACCAGCUACAGCUAAUGCUAUUCCCAAAGGCCCUCCUUCUUUCCCUGGAACACCUAUCAUGACCUCCCCAGCAAUGGGACCUCCACCUCCACCACCACUUCGCUACGGUCCGCCGCCAGCUGCUCUCCGUGGGCACUUUGGGCCUCGACCUCUUCCUGUGCCCCUAGUUCGUGGUGCUCCCUUGCCACCUCCAGCCGCAAGAGAUUUCUUACCCGGCCCACCCUUAGGAAUGAGAGAUCUGCCUCCUGGCCCACUGCCACCUCCUCCAGAUCCAAGAGGCUAUGGACGUGGGCACCCACCUUUUCAACCCCUAGGUCCUCCUGGCCCAAGAGAUUAUCCUCCAGGCCCACGGCUACCCCCACCUGGUGCCAGAGACUAUACACCUUCUCCUAACAGAGACUUGCCUCCAUCAGGCCCUAGGGACUACCCCCCAGGCCCACCACCGCCAGCCUCAAAGGACUACACACAGCCACCCGUGCAGAAACCCUAACUGCAGCCUCUGGUCAGCAGCUCAAGGGAAUGGACCUCAGUGCACUUCCUGCAGUCAGGAUUGUAGGAAAUGGCUCUCUCCUUGAAGCCACUUGUCUCAUUUCAGUAUAUUUCAGCUUUUGCAGGAUUAAUUUUUACCCAGUUGCUACAGACAUCUUAUGUGCAUUUAUGAAUCACCUUAAACUCAUCCAUCCUCUUGGGCUGCAAGAACCUCCUUCUUGGGAUGGACUUGAACCUUCUCUAAACGUGCAAUAGAAAGGAAGUACCUGUGUGGCUAGUUUUAAUUCAAUGUAGCCUCUGUAACCAGUUGGUGAAUGAAACUAAUUUCGUGGAAAAAAAUGUAAAUCAAAUCAUUUCCUGUGGAAAUAAUUUUUAAGUAAAAUGUUCUCUUACUUGCCUUCUCCAUCACAUCAUUGAGCUGCAGUGACUGUAGGCCAGGGCUUUGGGUGAGGACUGGGAGGUAGUUUGGUCUUUGGUUUGGUUUUUUAAAGGUCUGGUCAAGAGAUCAGGAGCACAAAGGACACUGUACUCAAAGGAGACUUAGAAUAAAAAGCAAACCUCCUUUUGCACAACCCUGAA